UGAGUCCUUUUCUUCAUCACUGUUCUUGCUUUACUCUUUCCUCAAGGAGCAAUGGAGGAGAUGAAGUCACUCCCUUGAAUUGCUACAAUUUCUUCGUCUCUUGUCUCAAACUUCCAAAACCCUAGUAUUCUUUGGGGAGCUUUCUUUGGAUUUAACGACUCUGUAGCAACUAGCCACUUUAGCAAGGUUUUUGGUAUCAAUGAAUGCUAAAGAUGUAAUCAGCCGUCUACCAGAUGAGCUUCUUGGGCGUAUUCUGUCUUUUAUCUCCACAAAAGAAGCUGUUUCAACGUCACUACUCUCUAAGAGGUGGAGGAAUGUGUUUGUUUUGGUUUCCAAUCUUGUCAUUGAUGAUCGUCAAUCUGUGCCUAAGACUAAGCAAAACCGGAGUGAGAUUCACCAAAAUUUCAUGGCUUUCGUCGACAAAUUGCUAGAUCCGCAACGCGGUUCUUCUAUAAAGAAGCUCACUCUAAAGAGUCAUGUCGGUGUUCGAGGUGGCACUGACUCAUCCCGCAUUCAAACUUGGAUUUGCAACGUUCUUGACCAUGGUGUUGUGGAUCUUGAUAUGUUCAUCACUUUAAAAGGAAAAUCUCCACCAGUGCCUUCGUUGAUCUUCAAGAGCAAGACAUUGGUUAAGCUGAGACUAGGACGUGGUUUUACAAUCAAGCCUUCUCAGGAUGUUUCUCUUCCUAUGCUUAGGACAUUAUUUCUUGACUCGGUUAAUUUUGUUGGAGGUCAUAAUGUUGUUGGAACUCUUAUAUCUCGUUGUCCUGUUCUCGAAGAAUUGGUUGUUGAGGAGCGGCGAUGUGUAGAUUGGACUUGUUCUGUGUCUUCUACAUCUCUAAAGAGACUACACAUCCGAUUUGAUCGCAAGUUUACAAGUAUUUCAUUAGAUGCUCCUAAUCUUGUCUACUAUAAACAUUCUGGUUAUGUUUUGGGUAAGUAUCCAAAUGUUAAGUUGGAUUCCCUCAUCGAAGCUAGACUCAAUCUUCGGAUGGAUGAAAGAAGAAUGCAGGGAGUUAGAAAUGGAGACGGUAGCACUCCCGCUGAUAUAAGAAAUCUCAUCAAUGGAAUCAGAAAUGUUAGAAUCCUUCACUUAUCUAGCCACACUCUAGAGCUGCUUUAUUUUUCCUGUAAAGAAAUGCCAUUGUUCGACAGCCUUGUUAGUCUAUCUAUUGGGAAUGACAAGGCAAGAGGAUGGCAAAUUCUGCCACUUCUGAUCAAGAACUCUCCAAAUCUAGAAACCCUCAUCUUCAUGGGUCUCGAUCACUACAUAACAAACAAAUGCGGGGAUGCAUGUGUUUGCUAUGACACAGAGGAGAGCAUAACGUCUUGCCUAUCAUCAUCUCAAGUGAAGGUGCUGGAGAUAUUGAGCUAUCAAGGAACGACAAGAGAGCUGAAUCAAAUGAAGCAUUUCUUGGAGAAGUUACCGUGUCUUGAGCUGGUUAAAAUUUGCACGGUAAACAACAGUAGUAACUUGCAAACCACCAUGGAAAUGAGGACUCUUAUGAUGCUUCCAAGAGCUUCAUCAAAGUGCAAGAUCCAAGUCAUGGUUUUAUCAAAAAAAUAAAUGAUCCAAGUGAUGUGAUGAGUAGCAACACUUAACUCACUCGUAACUAAGUUUUAUUAUUUAUGGAUUUGAACGUGUGGCGAUAUAUAUGUGAUGAUAUAAGUGUGACUUCAUUGAAUCAAGCAGAAAGUUUUUGUCAUA